GUGCCCCGCGUUCCGCGCCCCCUUCUCUUUCAGCCUCGGGCUCCGGGAGGCUAGGCGGACCUGCUGAUUGGGAACAGAGAUGGCGGCGACUCUGGGCAGCGGGGAACGCUGGACUGAAGCUUACAUUGAUGCAGUUAGAAGAAACAAAUACCCAGAAGACACACCACCUGAGAAUCAUGACCCCUGUGGCUGUUGCAACUGCAUGAAGGCACAAAAGGAGAAGAAGUCUGAGAAUGAAUGGAAUCAGACCCGGCAGGCUGAGGGGAGCUCCACUUACAGUGAGGAACAGCUGCUUGGGGUACAAAGGAUCAAGAAAUGCAGAAAUUACUAUGAAAUUCUGGGAGUUUCUCGAGAUGCCAGUGACGAAGAGCUUAAGAAAGCGUACAGAAAACUCGCCCUGAAAUUUCACCCUGACAAGAACUGUGCUCCUGGAGCAACAGAUGCUUUCAAAGCAAUAGGAAAUGCGUUUGCAGUCCUGAGCAAUCCUGAUAAGAGACUUCGCUAUGAUGAAUACGGAGAUGAACAGGUGACUUUCACUGCCCCUCGAGCCAGACCUUAUAAUUAUUACAGGGACUUUGAAGCUGACAUCACUCCAGAAGAGCUAUUCAAUGUCUUCUUUGGAGGACAUUUUCCUACAGGAAAUAUUCAUAUGUUUUCAAAUGUGACAGAUGACACUCACUAUUACCGCCGACGGCACCGACAUGAGAGGACACAGACUCAGAAGGAGGAGGAAGAAGAGAAACCUCAGACUACGUAUUCUGCAUUUAUUCAGCUACUUCCAGUUCUUGUGAUUGUGAUUAUAUCUGUCAUUACUCAGCUGCUGGCUACUAAUCCCCCAUAUAGUCUAUUCUAUAAAUCGACCUUGGGCUACACCAUUUCUAGAGAAACUCAGAACCUGCAGGUGCCUUACUUUGUGGAUAAAAACUUUGACAAGGCCUACAGAGGAGCUUCUUUGAAUGACCUGGAGAAGACAAUAGAGAAGGAUUACAUUGAUUAUAUCCAGACGAGUUGUUGGAAGGAGAAACAACAAAAGUCAGAGUUGACAAAUUUGGCAGGAUUAUACAGAGAUGAACGAUUGAAACAGAAAGCAGAGUCGCUGAAACUUGAAAACUGUGAGAAACUUUCCAAACUUAUUGGCCUACGCAGAGGUGGCUGAGAGGAUCAUGGCCCUACGCAGGGCUGGGGUUUUGCUACUUGUUCCUAUUUAUGUUCCUGAUUCCAUUUUAUAAUACAAAAUUAGGAAAUGAUGAACACUUUACUAUUUGCUAACUUCGUUGGUUGGGCAGAGUGGCAGGAGCAUGGGCACGAGAGCCAGUCAUGUCUUCACACAUUCCUUCCUGGGGAGUGGCUCCAGGGGCCAGGAGCAGUUCCUCUAAGCUAAGUGAACGGCAAAGCUCUGGAUUCCGUCACCAUGCUCCACGCCCAUGCUGCCUCUGUGAAUGUAGUUCAGGGCAUCCCACAGCAGAUCUGUGUUUUCUUCCUUCUUCCCUUCUUCAGUGAAGUCUGAAGACCCAGGCAUUCCUAAGCUUAGCCAAAUCUUAAUAUUAGUUAUUUACGCUGUCUACCAAGAAUUAUACCUCUCCCUUCAUUAGAGUCAUUAUCUUCUGCCAAGAUUUAGCCUUUGGAACCUGUUCCUGCCCAGCUUUCUAUUUUCUAAGGGAAUACGUAGAAAUUUAAACAAUCGUAGUCAAUAGUUUUCUAAUAUUCCAAUCUCUGCUCAGUUAGUUGCGUUAGCAAACUGCCUGAUUUGAGGUUCCUUUAUUUCCUUAACUCUCUCUCUUUUGGAGGGUCCAGAAAUUAAAACUACUAAGCAGCAUCAGGAGGCAAGGUUGGGGUGAAGGUAUAAUGCAAGACUGAGCCUCAGCUCCUCUAUGCAGCCUCCCUAGUCCAUCAUAGAACCUAGAGAAUGUCCCUUCAGUCAUUUCCCCUCAGUAUCAGCACUGGUGUCAUUGCACUUGGGCUGAGUUCCUACAUGCCACAGAGGCAGAUGGGCAGACCCAGGAGGAGGCAUUGCCAGCUCUCCAGGCUGUUUGCUCAAGCCUAGAGAUAGAGGGGACAGACCCUCUCUUCCUGGGUAUGGGGGUCUAGCGUUGGCCCUAGCAGCCACUUUGUUUAACCCAAUGUUCUAUAAGGUUUGUGAUUUGAGAUGCUUUUCAUGCAUUCAACAUUUAAUGAGUGCCCACUAUAAAGCAGGGGCUCUCACACAUAUUUUCUUACUUAAACCUCCUCACAACUCUGAAGUAGAUGUAUUAUCCCUGGUUCUAUGAAUGAGAACAUUGGCCCAGAGAGGAUGAAUGGUUGACGUGGGUCAUACAGCUGGUGGUGGCAGAGCUAGACGAUAGGCUGUGUCAAGUAGAAAGUGGGAGAGAGCAUCCUCAUGUCUCAGGUGAUUCUAGCCAGACUGGUGAAGCAGAACCUUUCCUGAGGAUGCCUCUGUGCACCCUACUCCAUGACCCCGCAUCCUUUCUGUGGCAAUCCUGCAUCCAUUAAGGACAAUGUCCUUGCUACUCUUUAGGAAGUAGGACCCUGUCUAACAUAAAUUCUGUACACAAAAUAAGAGGUUCCUCACGGGCAGGCAGCCUUCCCACUGGUUACAAGGAAGAAUUCAGUCACUGCCUGGGCUGUGCCUUCCUGUGGAGCUGAGCUGCCUGGAUUAUCAUGACUCUGAAGCUGGAAGGAUCAUUAGGUGACUGAAGCCUACAUUCCAUGCUUUCUUCAGAUUGGAGGAAAAGUUUCUGCUAGAGAGUCGGCCGGGUACAGUUGUUCAUGCCCGUAAUCCCAGCACUUUGGGAGGCUGAGGCAGGUGGAUCACCUGAGGUCAGGAGUUCAAGACCAGCCUGACCAACAUGGUGAAACCCCAUCUCUACUGAUAAUACAAAAAUUAGCCAGGUUUGGUGGUGCACACCUUUAGUCCCAGCUACUUGGGAGGCUAAGGCACAAGAAUUGCUGCAACCUGCAAGGCAGAGGUUGCAGUGAGCUGAGAUCACACCGCUGCACUCCAGCCUGGGUGACAGAGUGAGACUCCAUCUCAAAACAAAACAAAAAAAAAGAGUCUACAUUAAAACAGAUCUCCAAAGCAAAGUUUCUUCAUCCCAAUGCACAGCCAUGAUUUACACAGACGUGCCUAGCAUGGCUCAUCAACAGCGGAACAGCUGUUCCCUACCAUGCUUCUGUAUGCAUUCCAGAGUCAGGAGAUGGGUUCAUAGGUAAAGAUUGAGGGCUUUAGUGGCUUGCAGGGGACAACUGCUCAGUUGUAGGGAGAGGGAGCAUUUCUAGAAAUAGCCAGAUUUUGCUGCCCUAGUAGGUCUGUCCUCCUGGUUUGGGGGGCCCUUCUUGAUCCCAUCUGAGUGACUAAGGGAAGUUAGAUUGUAAAAUGUGUCCAUGAGCCAAACAGGCUUAUGGAAAGUUCACCUAUAUACACAAAAAUUGAAACUCUCCUCUCCCCAUCCCCAACCUUUGCUAGAAAAUUGGCCAUAAUGAAACUAACUUGACAGGUUAAAAGACCCUUUUCUAGAUGCCCAGGAAUCAAGUAGUCACAUAUUUUAUGGACUUCAUGGCAGUGAUGAGUAAUCUGUGAUGAUACUAAAUAGAGGCAAUAGUAACUAACUACAUUAAAUGACACACUGGUUGUCUGUUUUUAUAGCA